UCGGGCACCUCGCAGGGGUCCUGGCUCGGCGCAGGGGCCCUGGCUCGGCGCAGGGGCCCUUUGCCGUACAGCAUGGCGACGCUGUGGCGGAGGCGGGAGCGUCUCCUAGGAGUGUCAGGACGGCUGUGCCGUACAGUGCGAGCCCUCUCAGGAAAGAAUGAGUAUGACCUUCUGGUAAUUGGUGGAGGGUCUGGAGGCCUUGCUUGUGCAAAAGAAGCUGCUCAGUUUGGAAGGAAAGUGGCUGUUUUGGAUUAUGUGGAACCUUCUCCACAAGGAACCAAAUGGGGACUUGGUGGAACUUGUGUGAAUGUUGGCUGUAUUCCUAAAAAGCUUAUGCAUCAAGCAGCCCUUUUAGGCAGUGCCCUUAAAGAUGCCCAACACUAUGGCUGGAAUAUAGCCCAACCUGUUCAUCAUACCUGUUUCUUGUUUUGUGAUAGGUCUGUGAUGGCACAAGCUGUUCAGAAUUAUGUGAAAUCCUUGAACUGGGGACACAGAGUGCAACUACAAGACAAGAAGGUGAAAUAUUUCAACAUGAAAGGAAGUUUUUCUGAUCCACAUACAAUCCGUGGUUUAACGAAAACAGGUAAAGAGACUGUUGUUACUGCAGAAAAUAUUGUCAUUGCUACUGGAGGAAGACCAAAGUUUCCUACACAUAUUGCAGGUGCACUGGAGUAUGGAAUCACAAGUGAUGAUCUGUUCUGGUUAAAAGAAUCUCCUGGAAAAACGUUGGUUGUUGGAGCCAGCUAUGUUUCACUUGAGUGCGCUGGAUUUUUAACGGGCAUUGGAUUGGACACUACAGUCAUGAUGCGAAGUAUCCCACUUCGUGGAUUUGAUCAGCAAAUGGCAUCUUUAGUAACUGAGCACAUGGAAUGUUAUGGCACAAAAUUUUUAAAGAGAUGUUUCCCAGCCAAAGUUGAAAAAUUGGAGAGCAACAGAUUGCAGGUGACCUGGAAAAAUACUGACCUGGGCACAGAAGAAACUGAUUGCUUUGACACAGUGAUGUGGGCAGUAGGCCGAGCCCCUGAUGUUAAAACUCUCAACUUGGAUGCAGUUGGAGUGAAAACUAAUUCUGAAACUGGAAAGAUCAUUGUUGAUGCCAGUGAAGCUACUUCUGUUCCUCACAUUUAUGCAAUUGGAGAUAUAACAGAGGGCCGUCCUGAAUUAACACCCACAGCAAUAACCGCAGGAAAACUGCUGGCUCGGCGUCUUUUUGGCCAGUCUUCAGAAUUGAUGGACUAUGACAAUGUACCUACCACAGUUUUCACUCCCUUGGAAUAUGGUUGUGUUGGAUUGUCAGAAGAAGCAGCUGUGCAGUCUUAUGGAUCAGAUAAUAUUGAGGUAUACCAUGCGUAUUAUAAACCUUUGGAGUUUACAGUGGCUGAAAGAGAUGCAACUCAAUGCUAUAUAAAAAUGGUGUGCUUACGAGAGAGAGAGCAACGAAUACUUGGCCUUCAUUUCAUUGGACCAAAUGCAGGCGAAGUUAUUCAAGGAUUUGCUCUUGGAAUCAAUUGUGAGUGACUAGCAUAAAUGAAAAGCAGAAAGGAUUAAGAAGGCAGGACCGCAAGUAUCAUGUGAGAAGUAUCUUGGAAAUCACUGAUUGCAGUGUGCCCUCAGUACACAUUUUCAACAUGUGUUUGUAGUCCAUUAAUUGCCAGUGGUAUAGAUUCUAGAACUACAUUUUUUAGGAUGUCAUUGUUUUGAAGUUUUAUCCAAAAUAACCAGUGAAAAGGAAGCACAUGAAACUGGAGUGCUUUUCUGCCUUGCCUGAGGGAAAUUAAAACUUUAGCCACAGUAAGAGGUUUUCAGCAGGUCAGAUUCUUGUAUUGGUUUCUAUUGUAUUUCACAAAUCCAGGGUUUUCAAUGUGGAACACCCACUAUAAGAGCUGCUGUUUUCCUUUGUCAAAUGUUAGGUCUUACUUCAGCCUCUCCAAAGGAUGACUUUCCAUCUCCCCUCCCCACUUAGCACUCCAGUAAUGUGUGCUUAGCAGCAAUUUUUUGCUUGUUGGUGCUUUUCUGGAUGUAGGAGGAGAAGACAUCUAUGAAGACAGAACCCUUCUCUGUAUUUUGUAGAAGGAGAGAACAUUAUUCUAUAGAGAGCUUGAAACUAUUCUUAAGUUUAGGGCCAUUUUAGCUAUUCUUACAGUAUGACCUGCCAGGAAUAGCAGCUUGAAGGAAAGUCAUGAAGUCUAAGAAUGUUAUUGGACACGUAAAGGAAUUAAGCUAGCGGAAUUUUAGCUCCAGGUUUUUUGGUGGGAUUUUGUUUUGUUUUUUUCAAAGAAAGACUUUUUCCUUCUACUUAUGUUAUUGAUAAUUUCAGUUUAAGCACCAGACUUUCUCUAAGAUCAUGGAAGAAUAUUCUGGUAUUACUUCCUUCAGCAGAUUCUUUCCAGCAGUCCUAAUUAUGAUUUUCUUCCUCUGUGUGUAUAUGUGUGUUUUUCCAUCUGGAGUCGGAGUUAGUGAAACACACAUGUAUGUACAAGAAAAGCUGAAGGCUGCUGUUGUAUCACAUGCUUUUGCCAUAGGCUCAGUUGUGACUUGGGAUAAAUUGCUUAAUUCUCUCUGUCUCAACUCUUACGACAGUUCUUCCCUACCUAACAGUGUUGUGAAGCUGGGUGUUUAAAUGUUGUGUAAGUGCCUGAGAAAUAACAGACAGCAUUGUUUGAAGAAUAAAUGAACUCCUCUUCUGAUAAAAUGGAUAAGAGCAGAAUUACUUUGAUGUCUUAGGACAUUCUAGCUGCUUCAGGUGAAUAGUGUUUGACUUUGUGAAUCUUUGGUUUGUUUUUUAUUUUGUAGAUGUGGUGCUACAUAUCCUCAGCUAAUGAAGACAGUUGGCAUUCACCCUACCUGUGCUGAAGAAGUUACCAAGUUGCACAUUACAAAGCGUUCUGGCUUGGAUGCAACAGUUACAGGCUGCUGAGGUUAAAAAUGCCAUCUC